AUGUUUAUACAUUUUCUCUCUGUCUCUCUCUCUCUCACUAACCAAUCCUAUUUUUUUUCCACUUGUUACUGUCUAUAUUUUCGGCACUCCCAUUUCUCAUUUUCUUCCAUUGUUUUGCCCUUUCCCUUCUCUCCCCCUCCCACCCUCCCCCCUCUCCAAAUGCCCUAAAAAUCCAAUAUAUAAACACCCUUUUCUUCUCCAUAGCCGCACUAUCUCUUCUCUCUUCUACAUCCACAUCUACUAAACAGUCUUGAUUUUCUCCUUCAAAAACCAUUUUUUGUUUCAAGAAAAUCACUUGGGGUUGUGUAAAAUGUUUUGUUAAAAUCAAGAUUUUGAUUUUCUUGAGUUAAAGAACGAAACUUUUUUUGUUUUCUUGAGUUGAAUAUUGAUAGUGAGAUAAAAGGGUAUUUAUCAAUGGCACCUAGUAUGGAUUGUGUGUUUUCCAGUCUUUUGUGUGCAGAAGACAACAGUAGUAUUUUUUGUAAUGAGGACGAUGAUGUUGGAUUUGGGGUUGUUGAGGAUGUUGUUGUAGUGGUGGAAGACAGAUGGGGGUAUCCUAGGAAUCAUCGAACUGUUGAAGAAAGUAGAGGAACCAAGAGUUUGUUUAAUGGGGGGGAUUUUUUGAUUGGUGUGCCAUUGCAGAGUGAUGAGUGUUUAGUGUUGAUGAUUGGUAAAGAAUGUGAACAUAUGCCUAAUGGUGAUUAUCUUGAAAGAUUGAGAAAUGGGGAUUUGGAUAUGGGUGCUAGAGAUGAGAUUCUUGAUUGGAUUGCUAAGGCUCAUUCACAUUUCAAUUUUGGUCCUAUGUGUGCAUAUUUGGCUGUCAACUAUCUUGAUAGAUUCCUUUCUGCCUAUGAGUUACCUGAGGGAAAGGCAUGGAUGAUGCAGUUACUUGGUGUAGCUUGUUUGUCUAUUGCUGCCAAAAUGGAGGAGACUGUAGUUCCUCUGUCUCUAGAUUUACAGGGAGGGGAUGCAAAGUAUUUAUUUGAAGCUAAAACCAUACAAAGAAUGGAGCUCCUUGUGUUGAGCACAUUGAAAUGGAGAAUGCAGGCUAUCACCCCAUUCUCAUUCCUUGAAUAUUUCGUCAAGAAGCUAAAUAGCGAUCAAGAUGCUUCGAGAUCUUUGAUCAAUAAAUCAGUUCAACUCAUCCUAAGCACACUGAAAGGAAUUCACUUCUUGGAAUUCAAGCCUUCUGAGAUUGCAGCAGCAGUAGCAAUCUCAUUUGCUGUAAAAGUUGAGACAGUAGAGAGUGAGAAAGCACUAUCUGCUCUAGUUGAUCAGCAUGUACAAAAGGAUAAAGUGAUGAAGUGUGUUGAAUUGAUUCGAGAAUUAUCAUCAUUGCCGACUGAUUUUGUUAAACGUCCAAUUGCUGCUUCUUCAACCCCAAUCGUUCCUCAGAGUCCUAUUGGCGUGUUGGAUGCAGCAUGUUUAAGUUACAGAACUGAUGGCUCAGGAGUUAAGUCAUGCGCGAAUUCAUCGCAUAGUAGUCCAGUUAAUAAAAGGAGAAAGCUAAAUACACCUCAUCAAGUGAAUACCUAAGAGAUGGAAGGACCUUUUGUCUAGUUAUAUUAUGAUAUGGUUGAAUGAGAGUUUUGGUGUGAUUUUUGAGAAUGCAAUGCACCCCACAACAAAACUUCAAAAUAAUGAAAGUAGGAAUGCAUAAUGAAUAUGGUGGGGGUGGGGAUAUUGUGAGUAGUUGGAUCAUUUUGGUGGUUGGAGAGUGAAGAAGAUAUUACAUAGACAAGAGGUUUCAUUCCAUUAACAUGAAAAAAAGUUGGAGCUGUUAAAUAUUAGACUUCUUAACAGCAAAAGAAGCCAAGAUUAAUUAGGGAGAAAUAGAAAUAAUGAAUGCAAAACAAAACAAAACAAAAAAACUCUUAUAUAGUCUGUCUUGGCUUUGAGAGUUUCAUUAUAGAUAAAGUUUGUUUAGCCUUUGAUGGUCUGUAUUUGUUUUAGAGCCUAAAAAAAGUAAAAAAAAAAAAAUAAAAGAAAAAGAAUCAAGGUGAAAACCCCAGAGAGAAAUUUUGAGUUAUUUCCAUGAGGCAAGAGGAAAGGGAGAGAAUUUUGAAUUGUUUAAUUUUAUUUAUGUAAUGUUCACUUUUUGCAUCAUGUAUAUACUUUAUGGCUUUCUUUAUGAAAUUCUAAACUAUACAGUUGAGUAAUAUUUGAUUUUGCCUCUUUUAA